CAACGAGAAAUCAAAACAACUACUUUUCGGUUUCCCCGCGGCGCUCACAAUCAACCGUCGUUUUUGCAGUGUAGAGCUCUGUAGAUGUUUUUAAAAACCAAAUUCGCAUUCUUUAAUAUUAUUAAUAUUAAUAACAUUUUAUCAAACCAUACAUGAUACAGUGUCUAUGUGCAAACAAAAUCCUCCAAAAUGUCCAAUAAUAAACGUACCACGAUGCCUCGUCGAACGGAAGACUUCGACUUCUCAGCUCCACAAUCGUCCGUAAAGAAACCGCCUUCACAACGGACAAGUCGCAUUGCUCAGCCGGUUCGGAAACUAUCAAAGACUAACCACGCUCUGAACGAAAAUCGUCGCUCAGCAUCCAACGACCGUCUCAGUGCCCAUUCCAAUGCAAUCGUGCAGCAAACUCCUGCUACUGCACGAAAAAUGCGUAGUCACAGUGCGACCCCGGCAAGUCGAACUCCACUCAGGAGCAGCGAAAACAUUCCCAUCCCAUCAACAGUUGAAAAGGACAAACCACCGGUAGAGAACCGUGAAUGGAUGAUGACCCAAUGCGAACGGAUUUGUGAUUAUCUGGAAACGAUACCCGAUCUUCCGCAGGAAUUUGUAGAACGGCGGAACUUGCGGUCCAUGUCCACAAAGCAGUUCCUGGUGAUUAUGAAUCACCUGUUUCGCCAAAUCGGAGGCAACCGAUACAAACUGGGGACAAAUUUCAUCGACGAUAUUAUGAAAACGAUGGCUGAACUGGAAUAUCCUUAUACGGUCAAUAAGUCGAUGCUCAAGACGCCGAACGUUCCACACUCGAUCAAUCACAUCAUAGUUAUGAUCGGAUGGUUGGUUCAGUUGGCGCCCCCUGUCAACCAUGAGAUUCCACUUCUCAAACGCGAUGUCGAUCUGGUAGAAGAAUUUCCAGGCUGUGAGUUUCAAAACUUUUUCUUUGAAAAAGUGCAGGAUGGGUUUAGCGUUUGGAAUUUACAGAAAAUGGAUGAGUAUGGAGCAGUGGUUGAAGAGCUGACCGAUAAACUAGUAGAAGCUCGAACCAACGGCCUGAAUCAACGCCAAGUUCGUGAGAGAAUAAGUCAGUUGGAACAGGAAUGUCAAGAUCUGAACAACCGAACAAUACAACAAUGUCGUGAACAAAGUAUGGAUGCUUUUGUUGAAACCAUCCAGGAUCAACAAGUGCUAAAGAAAAAGCUUCAAGAGGAACUUAAAACUAUUCAAAAACAAGCGAGUAAGAUCGAAAAAGAAUAUUAUUUAAGGCAAGAUGACUAUUAUGUUCGCGAGAAAGGUUUAGAAGAAUUGAAGCAACAGAUCAAAGCGCAACAGGUUGAUAUCACCGAAAGAGAUGAAAUAAUAAACACUAUAACCACAAAUAAGAACCUCCUAACGGCUAAAAGGCUGACAGUCAGUAAUUUGGAACAAUCUUCUUAUGACCAUCAAAUCGCCGUGUCCCGCCUGAUAAAACAAAAGUACAAUGUAAUAUCCAGCCUCAACACAAAUCUUCAUCGAAUGGCAAAUAACCUGAAACCACUUAUACAUUUUGAAGCUCCGAUGCUUGAUUUGAAAACGGAAAACUAUGCAGAGCUGCACCAAGAUCUACUAAACCUUAAAGUGCAUCUCGACCGGGUGCUAUCCGAACAAACCUCCAUAUACUCACAGCUGAAUGAGGAACAAUGUGCCCUCGAGCGUCAGUUGUCCGAUGUACAAAUUCGCUACAAUACCCUGGAAAAAUCGUUGCAAGAGGCAAUCAGUCGUUACGAACAACUAAAGAAGCAACGCGAAAUACUCAUUCAACAAUUGAACGCUAUUUCUGCGGAAAAUUCCCAAGCCAGUGCACGAAAGGAUGACGAACGGAUUCAAAAAGAACGGGAAAUCGUGCAGCUUCGGGAACAGUGUGAACAGAAUGAAAAAGCGAUCGCAAAGCUGACCGUCGAGAAACAGAAACUGAUGGCACAAAACUUGGAAGAGUGUCACCAAAUUUUGACGGAGAAGAAACGGCUCCAGAAGGAAGUGACGAAAAAAAUCGAAGCCAUGGAAGCUGUCAUUGCGGACAUUGAACGGGAACUGGGCCCACUGGACUGAAGCUGUUUAUACAACAGGUUUGUUUUGCGUUGUGUUUGUGAGUAAAAGUUUUACAUUUCUAUUUAACCAA